AUGCACACGCUUGUGUUCUUGAGCACACGGCAGGUGCUGCAGUGCCAGCCAGCUGCCUGCCAGGCCCUGCCCCUGCUGCCACGCGAACUCUUCCCCCUGCUGUUCAAGGUGGCCUUCAUGGACAAGAAGACAGUGGUACUGCGCGAGUUGGUACACACGUGGCCCUUCCCGCUGCUCAGUUUCCAGCAGCUGCUACAGGAGUGUGCCCACUGCAGCCGUGCCCUCCUGCAGGAGCGGCCUAGCACUGAGAGCAUGCAGGCUGUUAUCCUGGGGCUGACUGCCCGGCUCCACACCUCAGAGCCUGGGGCCAGCACACAGCCCCUCUGCAGGAAGCAUGCGCUGCGGGUGCUGGACAUGACGGGCCUCUUGGAUGAUGGUGUGGAACAGGAUCCUGGCACCAUGAGCAUGUGGGACUGUACUGCUGCCGUAGCUCGCACAUGCAUUGCCCAGCAGCAGGGUGGGGCCGCAGAGCCUGGGCCAGCCCCCAUCCCCGUGGAGGUGCGCGUGGACCUGCGGGUAAACCGGGCCUCCUAUGCCUUCCUGCGGGAGGCCCUCCGAAGCAGCGUGGGCAGCCCGCUGCGGCUCUGCUGCCGGGACCUGCGAGCUGAGGACCUUCCCAUGCGCAACACUGUGGCCCUGCUGCAGCUUCUGGAUGCAGGCUGCCUGCGCCGCGUGGACCUGCGCUUCAACAAUCUGGGCCUGCGCGGCCUGUCUGUAAUCAUCCCACACGUGGCCCGCUUCCAGCACCUGGCCAGCCUGCGGCUCCACUAUGUGCAUGGGGAUUCAAGGCAGCCCUCCGUGGAUGGCGAGGACAACUUCCGCUACUUCCUUGCCCAGAUGGGCCGCUUCACCUGUCUGCGUGAGCUCAGCAUGGGCUCCUCUCUCCUUUCAGGGAGGCUGGACCAGCUGCUCAGCACCCUGCAGAGCCCCCUGGAGAGCCUGGAGUUGGCCUUCUGUGCUCUGCUGCCUGAGGACCUACGCUUCCUGGCACGGAGCCCACAUGCUGCCCACCUCAAGAAGUUGGACCUGAGUGGUAACGACCUGUCUGGCAGCCAGCUGGCACCCUUCCAGGGUCUGUUGCAGGCAUCAGCAGCCACACUGUUGCAUCUGGAGCUGACUGAGUGUCAGCUCGCAGACACCCAGCUGUUGGCCACACUACCCAUCCUGACUCAGUGCGCCAGUCUCCGGUACCUUGGCCUCUAUGGCAACCCACUGUCCAUGGCGGGCCUCAAGGAGCUGCUGCGGGACUCAGUGGCACAGGCUGAGCUGCGUACUGUGGUGCACCCCUUCCCUGUGGACUGCUAUGAGGGCUUGCCCUGGCCGCCGCCUGCCUCUGUCCUGCUGGAGGCCUCCAUCAAUGAGGAGAAGUUUGCCCGCGUAGAAGCUGAGUUGCACCAGCUGCUUCUAGCCUCAGGCCGUGCCCACGUGCUCUGGACCACGGACAUCUAUGGGCGACUGGCUGCGGACUACUUCAGCCUAUGAUGAAGUAGCUCUAGGUGAGACACAGGCUGCCCUGCAGUCUCUUUAGGUAGGCAGGGCCUUUGCUGGGACCCUGGUGGAGGCCUUCACAAAAGCACUGGUUACUGGUUUCCUGCUGGGUCUGCCUUGCUUCUGGGCACACCUCAAGUCUCCCCUGCUUUCUGCAGUGCCCCACGCGGUUUUCCCUGCACUUGCUCCAUAAUUGGCUGAUCAUCUGUGGGCCCCGGGGCUGGAUGUCAGGCCUCCAUUGCCCUGCUCAGUUUGGCUGCAUUUGGCUGCCGUCUGGGGUCCUGGUCCUUUGUGCAAAUGCUUUGGGAUUCCAGUUGUGAGCUGAGAGAGAUGAUGGCCUCUCUAGGCCUUUCCUCUCCCUUUACUGAGAGCUCAGUGCUUCUGGGGUUGAAGUUGGACAGAGGCCUGCUUCAGGGAGGCUGGGAGUCCCCAGGCACUCGCGCCUCUUACGUGUUCCCUACCCUGCCACCCAGCCACCCCACUGGGCUGGGCUCGGGCUGGAGGGGGUCAUCAAGGUACACAUGUGCCUGGAAGUUGAA